AUGGGGCUUCAGACUCAGGUUAUUAUAGGAAAUUCUGGCAGGAGCUUAAAGAUAUUAGGUUGCUUUUUGAUGAUCCUUGGCUAUUUGGUGGAUAUUAGGUUGCUUUUUAAUGCCAUUUUGAAUCCAGAUGAGAGAAAUGUGAAGGGUGGAGGAGCUGCUAACAGAAAUUCUUCCAUAGCUUUUGUCAAUAAAUUCUCUCUAAUUGAUCUACCUAUGGCUGGUGGGAGAUUCACUUGGACUAACUCUCAGCAACCUCCAUUAUUGAUCAGAUUAGACAAUUUUAUCCUUAAUCAUCCAGAUUCCAUCAAUAAUCUGAGAGUUUGGUGGGAUAGUUUAACCUUCUAUGGGAAACCUAGUUUCAUUUUUGCUAAAAAACUUCAAGGAUUAAAGUUCUUUAUCAAAAAUUGGAAAAAAAAUACUUUUGGUAAUUUACAGGCCCAAAUUGAUAAUUUAGAGCUUGUUAUUGAUGUGAUUGACAAUUUGGAGAUUGCUCAGAGAGCAAAAGAAAGAUGGGUUAAGGAGGGAGAAAAAAAUUCUGCUUAUUUGCAUCAGAUAGAAAAUUUCAAGUACAAGAAUAAUUCUAUAAACUGUCUAAAGAUUGAUGGGGUCUUAUACUUUGACAAAAAGCAAAUUGCUGAGGAAUCAAGAUCUUUUUAUUCUUAUUUAUUUACUGAAAGUCAUAAAGUUAGGCCUGGAUUUGACAAUCUUGAAGUGCCUUAUAUUUCUGAGUUGGAGAGCAUUCAUUUAGAGAUUCCUUUUCCAGAAGAAGGUGGUGGAUCAUUUUGGAGCUAA